GUAUAAACGUGAUGGCGUGGGCAGUAUCAGAUAAAUAAAUCAGUCCGAGAAUUUACAUUUUAUCAGUCGCGGGACCUUUUGUUGAGAGCAGACACACAAGCUACAACAAACAUGAGCGUAUGGACAGAAUGGCUGGACAUCUUCCCAGUCGUGGGUACACUCCAGAACACGGUUGAAGCUAUAUCAGCCGUCUGUCAUGGCGCCUAUGAUCUUGCAAAGGAAAAUGGAGCCGAUGCAGCUCUGAGUCUUGUGCUGGAUGUCCUCACAUAUGGGACAGCAGGUGCCCCGGAUUCUGCACACCUUAAAGUUGCUGAAAAGGUCGUAAUGAAGGGCAUUGGGCCUAAAGAAGUCAUGAAUGCCAUGAAAGGUAAAGGUGGAAAAUCCGGGAAAGGAGGAGCUGCACAAUCCAUGAAAGGAGCUGGUACAAAACCUGCUGCUACUCAGAUUAACAUCAAGGAAUUGGCCAACAAAUCCAAAAAGCCAUCAGACCCAAAGACCAGUAAAGGGGAACAGAAGAAGCCGUCGCAUCGUGGCGAACAUGUCAUCAACAACAACGUCCUGAAGGUGUUUCGGGACAAUCAUUGACCGGUUUGCUGCUAAGAUUGGAAGCACUGCAGCUCAACUGCUUGAAAAUAAAGAACACACAGCAGCUUAUAAAGCAUAUCACAUGCCUCUUCCUGCAGCCACCACCCAGUCAAUCGGCCACCAGAUGGUUGCUCAUAUUCGAGAAGAAGACCAAUACAUUGAUGCCAACGCAACAGCCUAUGGAGCAGCCAUCAAAGAGAUUUCUGACAUGGUGGUCACUUAUAUGUACGACUAUUACACCAACAACUUUUACUCCGGUCCUGCCGUCGAUAGGAGCAUCAUCGAUCUGAUUCGUUUACUGAACAACGGUCAGUUGUAUGUGGACGAGUACGCCAAGCAGUACUGGCUUCAACAGGGCGGGGACGUGAACAAGUUUGAAGAGUGCAGGCAAGAAGUCGUGCAGAUGUUUAGAUGUCUGUGUUCACCGACAAGCGGGGAAAACGAGGCGAAGCAGUGGGUGCGUGAUCUUACUGGUCACAUUUAACUGAUACAUUGGUGUUAUCAGCAGCUAAUCAGGUUUCUUCUAACCAAAGAUUCCACUUCAGAUACUGAUACUGGAGAAAGCUCAAGUCAACAGACUUUAGUUAUCAUGUUGUGGGGAGAGCACACCUAACUCUAUACUGAACUUUGAGGGAUAUCUCAACUAUGCUGACCUCUGAUGUCAUGUUACUUAUACUAACUUCUUUAAAUCUACCCAGAUCUGCUCAGUCUAAAGGACAUUUUAAGAUUUUAAGUGUACCGACUUUGGAUGCCAAGUCAAGUUACUAUGAAACACCUAUCCAUGCAGACAUUUCACACCAUGAUACCAUACUAUUAAACUCUUGACUGUUCUCACAUUGAACGCCAUGAUACUUUAUCACAAAGCAAAUAUUUUUGCAGAUAUUUCACACCAACACACCACACUAUACGACACUUGACUGUACUGACAUUGGAUUCCAAGGCAUGGCGUUGUAACAUCAUUAAUUAUGCAGACAUUUCACACCAACACAUCACACUAUACGACACUUGACUGUACUGACAUUGGAUGCCAAGGCAUGGUGUUGUAACAUCAUUAAUUAUGCAGACAUUUCACACCAACACACCACACUAUACGACACUUGACUGUACUGACAUUGGAUGCCAAGGCAUGGCGUUGUAACAUCAUUAAUUAUGCAGACAUUUCACACCAACACACCACACUAUACGACACUUGACUGUACUGACAUUGGAUUCCAAGGCAUGGCGUUGUAACAUCAUUAAUUAUGCAGACAUUUCACACCAACACAUCACACUAUACGACACUUGACUGAACUGACAUUGGAUGCCAAGGCAUGGCGUUGUAACAUCAUUAAUUAUGCAGACAUUUCACACCAACACACCACACUAUACGACACUUAACUGUACUGACAUUGGAUGCCAAUGCAUGGCGUUGUAACAUCAUUAAUUACGCAGACAUUGGAUGCAAAUAAGGGACGUCGGUACAUCCAGACAUGACCGUUUGAUGCCAUGCUCAACCGACACAAUCGAGCAAUAUCCAAUGGCUCGAAGACUUGAAAAUAAAACGUUGCCUGAAUAUGAUCCUAUGUACUGGCGACUGAACGCCUUGUGGGCAGAAAUUCUGAGACCAUAACACUUGUGCCAUAACAUAAAACAACGGGUUUUGGGAUUAGUCAAAUGUUGAAACAUGUUGUCGAUGACAACCUUUAAUGAACACUACUUGCUUAGAUAGAGGUUUUCUUAAUCAACGCCCACGUCAGUCUUGAAGCUUGAAGGCGCCUGAAACAGCUAUAGGUAUAUUGCCCCAUUAUGCUGCAAUUAGGGGGACCAGGUCCAUGCGGAAAUGGUUUUAAAUAGCGUGAGGUGAGGUGAGGUGAGGUGAGGUGAGGUGAGGUGAGGUGAAAUUGGUUUUAACGUCGUGCUUGUGAAUAUUUCGCU